GCGCCCUUCUCCUCCUUCAUGGAGAACACGACCGAGAACUGGAGGCCCGAGUCUCUCUCCGUCGGUAUGUAGGAAGACCCGUUGUUGCUAGCGGCUCCGUCGUCCGUCUUGCUUUUCUUGGAGGCCGGUGGCCGCCAGAGGUAUCGUGGUGCGCCGCCAUCUAUCUUAUCUCUCUGACGGAGCGGAAACGACGACGAAGAAGGGAACAGGGAAGGGAGAAGGCUCAGAAACGCGAAAAGGGGGCAGAAAGGAGGUGGGUUGUCACGGGAUAAUCACGUGACCUAGUAGACACGCAUGCGCAAACACUUCCCCAAAAAAGAUGGGGAACUGUUUCGAGGUCGAUCCGACUCCGGCGUCUCCGAACGUCCCUGACGAAGACGCGGAGUUGAGGCGGCAGAGACAAGCUGAAGCGGCCCUCAAAAGACAACAAGAGGCAGAAGCGAGGGGGCUAAAGAACCCCGAGGCGGUCAAGGCUAAGCAGAGGAGAAGGGAAGAGGCUGAGAGACAAGCGAGGGCAACGUCUGGGGCAGGAGGAGGAGAGAACCAGCAAUGAAGUGGACUGUUGAUUGAACGGCUUCUCCCAUUUUUCGUUCGGUGUGUCCUUUAUAAUUAUGCCCAAACAUUUAACAUUUCCAUAAUGAUGUCAUAUUCGUCAACGAUUAUACUGCGUAUACAAACAGUGUAGUUCCUGCUAUUAACAUUAUACCAAAAAAUUUCACUAUAACUAGUAAGUCAUAAUCCAGUUUGUGCUAUAUAUGUAUUUCACAAAGUGAAGCGCAUUACAUAAGACGAUAACCAUUGCCGUCCGACUCAGCAAGGAUCGUGUUGUAACUGAGCCUCGUACGAAUCUCGUCCAUGUGCGUCUCCAUUCCAUUCACGUGCGUGAUGUUAAACAUCGGAAUCAGCCAUGCCCACAUGAGACACAUCCCCAGAAUCCCGACUCCGACGACAGAGAAAUAACCGAGCGAGCGAGUUCCGAGAAACAUCAUGACUGGAUUGUUUCCUAAGAUCAGCGCAAUAAGUAGGAUAACUGCCAGGAAACCCCCGGCAAUCGCCAUGGCCCUGCGAUGGGGAUGAGGCGCUUCAAACUUCUUCUUUCGAUUGCAUAUUCUCUGCGCCACUUCUUCCAGCACUUCCACUGCUGCAACUGCACAAACGAAAAGUGAAAACUAACGCCUUUUGUCUGCACACGUGCAGCAUAAUAGUUGAUUACACAUGUUGAUGAGGUAUAAUUAUACAUCUAGCAUAGCGGUAUAUACAGUAGUUGCAGGGAAGGCUUAGGAAUGAAGCUAUAAUUAAUAGGUAUGUGAAGCAGCAAGAACUCCAGCCAUAC